UCCACCAGCAUCAUCGGGUCUUUUCUCGGAUCGCCUCCUUUCCAUGGUUACCGCAUCACGUGGGGCUAAAUGAUACCAGUGAUUGGUUGUCAGCCUGUCGAUCACGACUGGGCUCCCGCCCCCUGCGGCCUGUGCGACCGAAAGCCUGGUCGUUGCGUAGCGGGGAGCUGGUUUGUGUGCUCAGCGCUGGUAGCGGGAGCACUGUCCGCCCCCGUGUGGCGAGUGGUUGACCCGGGGGCUGCUACCGAGCUGACGAUGGCGGCCGGCCUUAGCGAGCAGCAGAAGCGGCGGAUUGAGGAGAACCGGCAGAAGGCGCUGGCCCGCCGGGCCGAGAGGCUGGGCCUCCUGCGGCAGCAGGGCCUGGCCACGGCCGCCGCUCCCCAGGAGGCCUCCGCCGGCCCCGAGUUCCAGCAUCGCGCUGCUGCCGACACAGACGCCGCCGCCCUGGGCAGCGGGUGGGAGCGACCGGCCGGGGCCUCGACCGGGAGCCGGCGAGGCCUCCACAGCGGCGGGUGCGUUAGGCACGGACCGCGGCGCUUCCGAGUGGAGGUCGGCUUCGAUCCCGCGCUCCUGGCCGUCUUCCAGAGCAUCCCGAGCAAGCAUUACGAUGUAGCCACCAAGAUGUGGAACUUCAACAUGGAUGAUUAUAACAAAUUGAUGGACCAGGUAAAGCACAUUCCAACAGUUAUGUUGAAGCCAUUAGAUGGAGUGCUAGAAACAGAUGUUGGCACCAGCGAUACACCAAAAACUAGGAGACAGCGCAAUUUGGCACUUACUGUAAGCAAGCUGGUGAUGGCAGGAAAGAACUGGAAAAAACCUGGUGCAGGGAUACAAGGGCGAUUCAUCCUCAUCUCCAGAUCCCGCUGUGAGGUGGAGAUCGCUUUUCAUGCAGAGGUUCUGAAUGUCUUCAAACGGGUGAAUUCCAGGAAUUAUGAUAUGAAAAUGAGAAAGUGGAGUUUCCUCUUGGAAGAUUACAGAGUGCUGGUUGAGGAGCUGUUGAAGAUCUCUGCUGUGCAGGUGGAGCCUUUGCCCCGUGGAGUGUUGGAGGUAUUCUUGCCCCAGUUUGAAAAGACCUGUCAAGAGCCUUUGGUGAUCCCAGAUGCUGAUCUGUCUGAUGUCGAUUCUAAAUUGGUUCAGAGCCUAAUGCCUUUCCAGAGGGAUGGAGUGAAUUGUGCCAUUUCGCGAGAAGGUCGUUUGCUGCUCGCUGAUGACAUGGGGCUUGGGAAAACUCUGCAGGCUAUCUGUAUCGCUGCAGUUUAUCGUAAGGAGUGGCCAGUGCUUGUGGUGGCUCCAUCCUCAGUCCGAUUCACCUGGGCACAGGCUUUCAGCUAUUGGCUGCCCUCCGUGAACGCUGAGACCAUCAAUGUGGUGAAGACAGGGAAAGAUCGACUCUCCUCUUCCAACAUCAACAUCAUCAGCCAUGACCUGCUUGCCAAGCUCAGCAAGCAGCUGAUGGAGAGACGGUUUCAGGUCAUUAUUGUGGAUGAAUCUCAUUUUCUGAAGAACAUGAAGACUGCUCGAUGUAAAGCUGCUCUUCCUCUUCUCCAGGCUGCCAGGAGACUCGUGCUAUUGUCCGGGACACCAGCCUUGUCAAGACCUGCUGAGCUAUACAGCCAGAUUGCUGCCAUUCGUCCCUCCCUCUUCCCCAGCUUCCACCAGUUUGGAAUGCGUUAUUGUGCAGCCAAGCAGUUACCCUGGGGAUGGGACUAUUCUGGAUCAUCUAAUCUACUGGAACUACGACUCCUUCUGCUGGAGUCAUUGAUGGUGAGACGACUGAAAUCUGAUGUUCUGUCGCAGUUGCCCGCCAAGCGACGGAAGGUAAUACUUGUCGAGCCCGAGGGUUUGAGUGUCAGAGCCAGGGUGGCAUUGGAGGCAGCUGCAAAGGAGGUGGCCAGAGGCCAGAAAACGAAACGUGAGCAAAAGGAGGCACUGCUACUUUUCUACAAUCGCACAGGAGAAGCUAAAGUUCGAUCCAUUGUAGAAUAUGUGUGUGAUUUGCUCGAAAGCGGUCGGGAAAAGUUCUUAGUAUUCGGACAUCAUCGUUUGGUUCUGGAUGCAAUGUGUGCAGCUCUGGAAGAAAAGGGAAUUGCAUUUAUCCGUAUUGAUGGCUCCACUUCUUCGUCUGAUCGUCAGUCUCUGUGUGACCACUUCCAGUCUUCUCAGACACGCUGUAUCGCUGUGCUCUCCAUCACUGCAGCCAACAUGGGCCUGACUCUCUCCUCUGCUGAUCUGGUUGUCAUCGCUGAGCUUUUCUGGAAUCCUGGUACCCUCUUUCAGGCUGAAGACAGAGUGCACCGCAUUGGGCAAACAAACUGUGUGGAGAUUCACUACCUGGUGGCCAGAGGCACUGCAGACGAUUAUCUUUGGCCCAUGAUUCAGGAGAAGCUGAAGGUUCUUGGACAAGCUGGAUUAUCAGGAAAUAAUUUUUCAGAGUUUGAAACCACUGAUUAUUUUCACCAGGUAAAUAACAGAUAGGUUACCUGACAUUUUCUACAUCACAAUCGUGCUGCAACUGCCCU